ACUAACAACUUGACUAUCGAAUAUCUUCUACAAAAUCAUUGUGUCCGAACUGUGUUGUUAGGUCUCUAUAAAUAGCUGUAAACCGGAAACAAGUUUUACAAAAGAUCACAACCGAGCUCAGGGCGACCUGAAGGAGACAUCCAAUUACAUGAGAGAGGAAAUUUCCAGACAAACUUCUCAAAUUUAAGAAAAAUGGCUGGGUUUGACAAGAUGGGGGUGAUCUUAUUGGUUGCUUCUCUAGAGUUUAUAUUGCUGCAGCUAUGCAGCGCCACCCGUUAUUAUGAUUUCGUUCUGAAAGAAACGAAUUUUACAAGGCUCUGCAGUACAAAGAGCAUAUUGACUGUGAAUGGGAGUUUCCCGGGGCCAACCAUUCAAGUUCACAAGGGAGAAACUAUUUAUGUCAAUGUCCACAACCAGGGAUUAUACGGUGUCACCAUUCAUUGGCAUGGAGUUAAGCAGCCAAGAAACCCAUGGUCUGAUGGACCUGAGAACAUAACACAGUGCCCGAUUCAAGCUGGCUCGAACUUUACAUACGAGGUAGUAUUUUCCAGUGAAGAAGGAACACUCUGGUGGCAUGCUCAUAGUGAUUGGACGCGCGCCACUGUUCACGGCGCCAUUGUUAUAUUACCGGCUGCUGGAACGACAUAUCCAUUUGCAGCUCCACAUGCACAACAAACAAUUAUCUUAGGUUCAUGGUUUAAGUCAGAUGUGAUGGAAGUGAUUAAUUCUGCACUGGCAACUGGGGCAGACCCGAACAACUCUGAUGCCUUUACAAUCAAUGGACAACCUGGGGAUUUAUACAGUUGCUCCAAGGCAUCCACAUUCCACAUGAAAGUCGACUACGGCAAGACAUAUAUGUUGCGCCUAAUCAACGCCCUAAUGAACGACGAACAAUUUUUUGCCAUCGCCAACCACAACCUCACCGUGGUUGGCCAAGACGCCGCCUACUUAAAACCAAUCACCACCCCGUACAUUAUGAUAACUCCAGGGCAAACUAUGGACAUUUUGGUUAAGGCAAACCAGCCUCCUAGCCAUUACUACAUUGCUUCCGCUGCUUACAGUGACGCCAUAGUUCCCCCUCACAACGGCACAACCACCGCCAUACUUCAAUACCGAGGCAAAUAUUCUACCCCGUCAACCAUUCCAUUGCCUAACCUUCCUGUCUCUAACGACACAACAGCUGCCGACAACUUCACUUCUUGUGUGAGGGCUUUGGCAAGCAAGGCACACCCCAUCACUGUUCCAACGAAAAUCACGACUAGGAUAUACAUGACUAUUGCUAUCAAUGAACAAAUUUGUCCUAACGCUACUUGUGCCGGGCCUGAUAAUAAUGCCAUUGCUGCUAGCCUAAACAACAUCAGCUUUGAGACUCCUUCCAUUGAUAUUUUGCAAGCUUAUUAUGGGGGAAUAAAUGGAGUUUUCGAAGAGAACUUCCCAACCAACCCGCCUUAUUUUUACAAUUUCACUGGAGAACAGCAAAACAUUACCACAUAUCCGACCUUUGGGGCCAAAGUGAAGUUCAUCAAAUAUGGUGAAGGAGUCGAAAUAAUCUUCCAGGGCACCAACAUCAUAGCUCCUGAGAACCAUCCAAUGCAUCUCCAUGGAUUUAGUUUCUACUUGGUUGGAACUGGUUAUGGCAAUUUUAACGCAACCACCUCUCCCAAAACAUACAAUUUGGUUGAUCCACCUGAAGUAAACACCAUCGGCGUUCCGAAGAACGGAUGGGCGACCAUCAGAUUCAUAGCUGAUAAUCCUGGAGUAUGGUUUAUGCAUUGUCAUCUGGAAAGGCAUUCCAGUUGGGGAAUGGACACAGUGAUCAUAGUGGGGAAUGGAAACACGACAAACUCAAAGCUCCGGCCACCACCUGCACACAUGCCUCUUUGCUCUAAGUCUUAAAUUAUUCACUUUUUCCUUAGAAACUCAUUAAUAAAGCAUUGUUCUUAUCCUUUUUCCUUCAAUUUGGAUAUGUUAUUGGGUAAGGAUUCAGGAAGUUUCAAAUUCAUGCCCAACUUCGCAGUUUAGCGUCUAAUUCACAUCGGCCCAAAAGAUCAUAAAGGGGGAAUUAUGUUCUG